AUGGAUGAAUCAACGGACGCAACAGAUACUGCACAAGACUUCACAAUUGUAGAGGAAUUAGUCAAUGUCGUUGCACUUAAAGGUACAACACAAGGGACAGAUUUGUAUUCGAGUCUGACACAAACUUUGGACAAAUGUGAGUUAGCCUUCAGUAAUGUAUCUGCUAUAACCACGGAUGGUGCUAAAUCUAUGAAUGGAGAGAAAAUAGGAGUAACAACAUUACUCAAAUCUGAUGUGAAGGCAAGUGGAAAUAAUACUGUGAUGACUUUCCAAUGCAUCAUCUACCAAGAAAAUGAGUACAAGGCAUUUCAAAUUUGA